AGACGUGAAACUUGAAGAUUAACUCAAAUUAAUUCAUAAGCUAAUUUAUUCAAAUAGAAUCGUGAAGUAUUGAACUAAAUUCUAUUUGUAGUUAACUUCUAAUUUUUCCUGUCCAGUCAGUCUACUUACUAAAGUAUUGUAAGAGUGAUACAAUGAUAUUUACUUCAAGAAUAUUUUAUGCGGAUUAAACUAUUCGAACGCGGGCUAAAACUUGCAACUGGGAAUUUGAAGAAAAUGAUGUCUUUCCCUGAUUCUCCCGCGAAAGCUUCGCUAUGCUGCGAAGAGAAUCAAGAAGGUGCUCCCCCUACAUAUGCCAUGUAUGAAGCCUUGAAGGAUUCUUGCCAAAAUAACGCAACUUACUUUCAACCUGAUGAUAGUGAGAAUGGUCAAAGAUUGUACCAAGGUUUCAUGACUUUAAUUGAUCAUAUAGAUACAGUAUGGCCACUUGUUGAUCAUGUAAGAAAGGUGGCACCAUUUUAUGAUUUUGAUGCAAAGUCCCCAGGCAAUGGAUAUCGUAGCUUUGUAUCAGUUGUGGACUCUUGUGUUCUGCAUGGACUGAAGCUUAGCAGACAAGUUGGGGCAGGAAGGGAUGCACUGCUUUUUCGGAAGGGAUAUUUUGUAAAAGAGAUCGAGUCAUGCGGUCAGUUGUUAGCGUCUCUGGGCACAUGUCUACAUCACCUACAAACGUUACUGUCAUGGGCGCCCCCUGGCGACCUGUUCCCUACAGAACAACAUUCACCAGAGGAAUUGUUUUCACAAGCUGAUACUAUCAACCAGUAUUGCUUCUACGGGAGAUGUCUUGGUUUUCAGUUCACGCCAUCGAUGAGGGGCAUACUUAAGGGUAUUUCAAUCUGCAUGGCGGGCUUCUCCGAGGCGUACUACAGCCACGGCAACCUGAUCAGCUCGGUGUGGACCGGAGGACAGUACCUCAUUGAUCCUGAGAUGAGAGCGCGCAGGAUUGUUAACAUAUCACAGUCCGCUAGUGUCGAAUUUUGUAAGGCGUUUUGGUUUCUUGCGGAGAGUGAAAUAAUGAAGCGAGUGCCCAGCCUGAUGUCAUCAACGGUGGCCGUCAACAAACUGAUAACGAUACCGCCGGAGCCGCUGGUGGUGAGUGCGGAAGGUGCGGAGAGGACAGUGAUGCCCCCCACCGUGCACAUCGGCCUCCAGAACCUUAAUGUCAGACUGAUCAGUGUCAAUAAGAGAGCUGGCAUGACAGGUGAAGGUUCAUCAUCCUUACCACCGGCAGAGGGAGUUCUCUUCCACUGUCAUGGCGGUGGAUUUGUAGCUCAGAGCUCCAAGUCUCAUGAGACGUACUUACGAGAGUGGGCGACCAAGUUGAAUGUGCCAAUACUCUCGAUAGACUACAGCCUGGCCCCGCAGGCGCCCUUCCCUAGGGCACUGGAGGAGGUCUUCUAUGCGUACUGCUGGAUGGUUAAUAAUUUUAAGGAAAUUGGUACUACAGGUAAACGUAUAGUGUUCGCUGGAGAUUCGGCAGGUGCGAAUCUAAUAGCAGGCUGUACUCUCAAGAUCCUGUCAGCUGGACUCAGACCUCCGGAUGGUCUGUUCAUGGCCUAUGCCCCUCUGCUCGUUAGUUUCAUACCCAGCCCUGCUAGACUAUUGUGUUUGAUGGACCCUUUGCUGCCUUUUGGAUUCAUGAUGAGAUGUCUUAAAGCAUAUGCAAGUCCAAAUACAACAGGCAGGGGUAAGCCAGACAGUCGGGGUAAUAAAGAAACGACAGUGUCAAAUGUUACAACUCCUUUAGACAGCAACGGUUUUCUCAAAGUUAGUCCUUCACAAGAGGGUAUAAGUGAAGGUCCUUCAUCAUUCGAGGAGGUAUCACCUUCAGACCUGGCGGAGCUGCAGGCGCACAAGUCCGGCAGCGAGAGAAGACAGUCUUCUGAUACCACCAUCAGUGCGGCCUCACUGCAGAGUGAGCAUACUGCUACUGGUAUAACACCAACGGAGGAUAAGUCUCAGCAAUACGUAUCAGAGUUCCUGGAGCGCUACGUACUUGAUAGUGAUACAGACUCUGAAGGUAGAAGGUUUCCCAUCAUCAAACCUAACACCACAAUACGUGAAGAUUCACAAAGGGAAUUGGAAUCAGAAGCUUCUAAUACACUUGUCGGAGAACCUCCUCUAGUUGAUGAAGCAGAUGCCAAGGACAGCAAGAAAAGAAUUAAAACUAGGAUAAGUGAAGCAGCGACCGGUAUAAUGGGAGCUAUGUCAUCACGUUUCGCUUACAUCACUGGUUCUAAUUCUAUCAGCAGGCCUACGCAAGAGGAGUUAGCAGUGCGCACGAACUUAGAUGCAUUGAUAGUGCGGAGUCCUUCCGAUGAGUUCAUAUUCUCAGUGCCACGCGACCCGCUGCUGUCACCAUAUUGGGCGGACGACGAUCUCCUGAAUAAAUUCCCGCCCGUCAGGAUACUGACAGUACACUUGGACCCGUGUUUAGACGACUGUGUGAUGUUCGCGAAGAAACUCAAAAAAUUGGGCAAUGAAGUUGGCAUCGACGUACUUGAAGGUCUGCCUCACGGGUUUCUUAAUUUCUCACUGAUGGCCAAAGAAGCUAACGAAGGUUCAAAACUAUGCAUGGAACGUAUAAAGCAAUUACUCGAUUUGGAAAACGAAGCUGGCUCAUCGACCGGCGAAGAGGACUUAUGAAUAUGUCUGUGCUGCCGACGAACGUAAGGCUUUAAUGUGCUGUGUCUGUGCCUAAUAAACUUUAAAAAAAAAUCCGGGCUCUAUGGACGUAGUUAUAGACAUCUUGCGCAUUGAAAAAAGUCGCACUAUAGUUUAUGGUAUGGCGUCUUUCAGUGUUUCAAAUUACAGGGCUGUGUGGAUACAAUGCAUUGACCACUAAAUAUUAUCGAAUACAAUGAAUUUUUUCUGUGUUUUUAAAUUCUU